AAAAAUCUUAUAAAAGCUCUUAUUCUUUUUAUAUUUAAAAAAAAUAAUAAUUUAUAUCUUUAUAUAAAUUACAGGAGUCUUAAUAAGAUUUUAAUAAAGAAUUAUUAUUCUUUAUCUCUUAUUUCAGAAAUUCUUGAUAGAAUCUUAAAUAAUAAAUAUUUUUUAAAAAUUAAUAUUAAGAAUAUCUACUACUGA